AUGACAAUAAUAGUUGAUUCUCGACGAAUAAAUUCAUUUUUACGAAAAACACGUCGUGGUCAUGUAUUAAAAACUACACAUGAAUUAUAUUUACGAAAUGAUAUUUCAUGUGGUUCUAAAUUAUGUCAACUAUGUACGAAUGAAACGAAAAUUCUUGAUAAUAAAGUAAAUAAUGGCAAUCAGUUAAUACCAAAUGGACAUUAUUUAGUUGUUGAUACAAACGUUGUUUUACAACAGAUUGAUCUCCUUGAAGAUCCAUUAUUUACAAAUGUUAUUCUACCACAAAUUGUUCUCAAUGAAAGUUUAGCAAUUUAUAAACGCAUUCGAACAUUAAUAUCAGUACCGGAACGAAAAUUUUUUGUAUUUAUUAAUGAAUUUAAUCAAGAUACAUACAUAUUACGAAAAGCUGGUGAAAGUCCGAAUGAUAGAAAUGACCGUGCUAUUCGAAAAAUUGUACAAUUUUACACUGAACAUUUGUUACAAAAAUCAACAGGUUCGAAUAUGUCAAUCAUUCUAUUGACAGAUGAUAUGGCGAACCGUGAUUUAGCACGUGCUGAUGGACUUCAUGCAUUUACACUUAAAGAAUACAUACAAAGUUUAAAUCGUCCUGAAUUAUUGGAUCGUCUCGUAUUAAAAGAAGAAUCGUUUGAUCUAGAGAAAAAUAUUGGAAAAAGAAAAGAAAUUAUUUUUCCUGAACACAUUACAUUAUCAGAAAUUCAACGUGGUCUUAAAUCUGGAAAAUAUUUACAAGGCACAUAUCAAGCUAGUAGAGAGAACUAUUUAGAAGCAAAUGUGUUUGUACAAGAUUCGGAAAAAUAUACACAAUUAUUCGUACAAGGUUAUCGAAAUUUAAAUCGUGCUAUUCAUGAUGAUGUUGUAGCUGUAGAAAUUUUACAAGAAACAGAAUGGGCAACACCGUUUAGUCUUGUUAUUGAUGAUAAAGACGAUGAUCAAGGUGAUUUAGUCAUUGAACAAGAAGAAACAGGUCUUGUUGUACCUGGAUCAUCAUCAAAAAAACAAGCAUCAUGUCGAAUUGUGGGAAUAAUAAAACGUAAUUGGCGUCAAUAUUGUGGUAUUCUACAGGAAUCUGUAGCUGGAGCCAAAUUUCAUUUAUUUGUGCCACAUGAACGUCGAAUACCAAAAAUACGAAUUGAAAGUCGACAAGCUGAACAGUUGAAAAAUAGUCGUGUUGUUGUACAAAUUGAUUGUUGGCCAAGAUGUUCUCGUUAUCCACAAGGUCAUUUUGUUAAAACACUAGGUCAAUUAGGUGAUAAAGAUACAGAAAAUGAAGUUAUAUUAGCUGAACAUGACAUUUUACAUCACGAUUUUCCUGAAGCUGUUCUCGAUUGUUUACCACAAAUGCCAUGGAAAAUUAUGGAUGAAUGUGGUGUACAUAUUGCUGAUGUAACACAUUUUGUUCGUCCAAAUACGGCCAUAGAUUUAGAAGCACGUGAACGUGGUACAACUGUAUAUUUAGUUGAUAGACGAAUUGAUAUGUUACCAGUACUUCUCAGUGGAAAUUUAUGUUCACUGAGAGAUGGAGAAGAACGUUUGGCAUUUUCUGUUUUGUGGGAAUUAACUCCCGAUGCAGAAAUUGUAACCACAACUUUUCAUAAAUCAAUUAUUAAAAGCAGCGCAGCUAUGACAUAUCAACAUGCACAAUCGGUUAAAGAUGAUCAAGGAAUGCAGAAUGAUAUAGCCAAAUCACUUCGACUUUUACAUUUAAUUGCAGCUAAACUUCGUAAAACUCGAAUGGAAAAUGGUGCUCUUGUUUUAGAAUCUGCUGAAGUUCGAUUUCGUCUUGAUACUGAAACACAUGAUCCAUUAGAUGUUAUUAAUAAAGAAUUACGUGAAACAAAUUGGCUUGUAGAAGAAUUUAUGUUACUCGCUAAUAUUAGUGUGGCAAAAAAAAUUUAUGAACUAUUUCCAGAAUGUGCAUGUUUGAGAAAACAUCCAACACCGCCAGCUUCUAAUUUUGAUCCGUUAAUCAAAGCAGCUGAAGCAAAAGUAGGCGAUUUCUUUAAAAAAGAAAAACAUGGACAACAACAAACGGGCCAUUUGUGCAAAGAAUUGGCAGAAUCAUUGGAUAAAGCUGUGUUACCUGAUAAUCCAUAUUUUAAUACAAUGUUAAGAAUGUUAGCCACACGAUGUAUGAUGCAAGCCGUAUAUUUUUGUAGUGGAUUUCAAUCGGAAGGAAAAAGUUUUGAUCAUUAUGGUUUAGCAACACCGAUUUAUACACAUUUUACAUCACCUAUAAGACGAUAUUCUGAUAUUAUUGUUCAUCGUUUAUUAGCAGCUGGUAUUAAUGCUGAUGUAACAUAUCCGGAUUUAUUAAAUAAACAUCAUUUACAACAAACAUGUAAUAAUCUAAAUUAUCGUCAUCGUAUGGCACAAUAUGCGGCACGUGCAUCAGUUGAUCUUCAUACUCAGUUGUUUUUUAAAAAUAGAUGUACAGAUGAAGAAGGUUAUGUUUUGGGUGUACGUAAAAAUGCUUUACAAAUAUUAUUACCACAUUAUGGUCUUGAAACAACAUUGUUUUUGCGAGAUGAAAAUGGAAAAUCAAUAUGCAAUUAUAAUGAAGAAGAAGCAACACAAACAAUUAAAGAUGUUACAAUUCGUAUGUUUGAUCGUGUUACAGUACAAAUAUCGGUUGAUCGAACAAAUUUACAACGUCAGCGAAUUCAAGUUCGUCUUGUUAAGCCGCCUAUUGAUGGAUUUAGUGUUAGUCCAGUAACAAAAACACAAAUGUCACUAGAUGGUAGAGAUGUUGACGAUAUUAGCGUACCGAGUAAACGAAUCAAAUUAACUAAGAAAUAA